AUGUCGACGGCGAAGGCCACGGGCUCCAAGCGCGGCAGGUCGAGUGGCGUUGCGGCUGCCGCCGUGGAGAGCGACGACGACGGCUCCCGUCGUUCCAACAGCCAGGCCUCCGCGAGCGAGAAGGAGCCUGGUCGGGGCCGUGGCCGUAAUCCCAAGGCCCUGAAGAGCGAUCCGAAGCCGAGGGUGAAGUCGACGGGCAGGCUUCGCGACUGCGGCCGAGCAAGCUGCACCGCCAAGGAGACGGCCCAGGAUCGGUUCCCUGAUGGAUCGGAGAAGCACCCAAGUUGGCCCAAAUUCUGCAACCAGCUCAACCAGGACAAGAACCUCGACGAGCAGUUCGAGAGGUGCUGCAAGUGUUCAGAGGACUCCCGUCAAAAAACCUUCGCCGAGGAAACCGUCGACAUCGUCAACAGGAGCGGCUUCAGGAUGUGUAGCCACUUUCGAGUUUGGAACGAGGACAGCCUUCGCGAUGCCACGUCCAUGCCGACCGACGUCGAGCCGAAAGAUCUCGACCUCAAGAUUUCCAGCAUCAAGUUCCCCAUCGGGAUGUCGGCAUUGGGCCGUGCAGCCCGCGGUGCCGCCAGCACUGCUGGCGACCCCGACAGCGCGUCGAAGCUCGGCAAGGCAACCAGCGGUGACGACAUGGACAGGAUCAGACAGCUGGAGAAGGAGUGCGACAUCCCAUCGAUGUUGGAUGGGUACAGGCUCGGCGAUCGGGAGUAUGCAGUCAGGCGGUUCUCUCCAAAAAUGGCCAUUGCCGUGGAUCGGAAGAAGUCCUUGCUAGAACUCAUCGAGGUAGCUUCACAAAUGGCUGCCAGCAACCUACACGCCUUUCGCGGCAAGAAAGAUAUCUUCAGGCAGAACCUAAUGGAGCUCAAGAAAAGCAGCGUGGACUUUCAGAAGUGCCCGAAGUGGUGCAGGGCUCUGGUUUCCGAGACCCUCGUGGACGCCGAGUUGCAUGACGUGUGGGACAUUAUCAACCCUCACGCAGACGACGAUUGCAAGUUCGACCCGAUCCGCCCUAAGCUAUCGGCAAUUGAAGACAAAGCCUCCGUGAUCAUGACCCAUGCGAGGGACCACGCUUUGAACUACUUGCUGCUCCCGAUCAUCUCGGCUGGCAAUCAGGAACUGGAUGUUGCCAGGGAGCUCCGCCCCAUUUUGAAGGAUGAGGUUAAAAAAGCGGCGGGCACGUCCAUUGAUGGUCUGAAAGAGUUCUACGAGAAUUUCCAGGUUUGCUUGGUCAUCAUCGACACGAUCUCAGAGCACUCUGCCGAGGCCCCUGGCGCGAUCGAGGUUGACAAGACCAAGUUCCGCCAGAUGCUCCACGGCGACUGCGACAAGGAGUGGGCAUGCUUCGCCCGCGCAUUGGACCAAAACGACUACUGGAAGUUUGAGAAGAGCGAAUGGCGCCGUGCAUCCCAAGGGGACCUGCAGGAGAAGGACAACAUAGCUAACACAAGGAGUGUUCUGCAGGCAGGAGUAUCCGAUGUCAAGGUGUUCUCUACUGCAGUCGAUUAUCUGUUGAAGUGGUUCACUGUGUGCAGGUCGGAUACCCCGACCGACGCUUUGCAUGAUUUUUGCGCAGCUUGCGGCAGGUACCUGGACACGGCAGACCUCGCAGAUGAUACCGAGAACGCGAAACACAUGGACGACUUCAACUCGUUCCUGAAAGAUCUGUUGCGCCUCGACGCCUGCUUCGAGAAAGGCCAGGCCCAUGAGGGGAUCGUCAAGAUCUUCGCGCAGCAGGUGCAACGCUUCAUCGAGAGGAUCCGUGAAAUGCAGGCCCGCGUCAGCAGGACCGUGUCAUCGAGCAAGCUGUUGACGGCUGUGUCGAACGUUAAGAAUGCCACGGACAUUUCCAGUGCGAUGAAGCCCGUCAUUGAUUCACUUAAGGAGGCGGACAGGUACAGGUUUCACAACCCAGAGCACGUCAUGAUCAUCUUCGGCGGUGUGGACGCCAUCGCCUCAGACGCCUGCAAUAACAUCCAGAUGGGCACGACGGCCGAGGUGAAGAGUCUGAACGUGGAGGAGGUCCAGACGAUGAUCAAUGUAGCUUCGAAGCUGUGCGACCUCGUGGACGGCGACGACCAGCAGCAAAGCAUCAGCAGCAUCGAUCGCAGCUUGAACCUCCUGGAUUCGGUCAUGAAGGUGACGUUUUCCCUGCAGGAGUUUUGGAACAUGGGGGGGCCAGCAGAGCAGCUCGCGAAUCAGGAGGGGUCCGUUGCCUACAACCUCCUGAAGAAUUGCGUCGGCAACGCAAGCGAGAAGGUGGAGCGCAUGCCAGACCAGACUGGUGCCCCAAAGGGCAACCUCAUCAGCAUCGCGCAGAUCAAGGAUAAGUUCGAGUUCCUCCUCGAGUCAGCUUCGAGGGCCCUGGCCGCCUACGAGAAGGCCGACGUCGACGCGAUCGUCGAGGAGGCCAAGGCCGUCCAGACCAAGCUUUUGAGCAUCGUCAGCUUUGGCGACUCCGAGAAGGGCUGGAAGGCAAAGGUCGACCCCGAGGCCCCAUGGCCCGACGUGGAGGCGGCUCUGAGGAAGACGGUGUUCUCGACAAAAGGCCUGGCGUCCAAGGUCGCAUCGAACACCGACAGCAUGAAGAAGGCAAUCCAGAGCGUGAAGGACGCACUCAACUCUUACGGGAUGGACCCCGCCACCACGGCCAUCGAAGAUAUGGAGAAGACGAUCGCCCUGGCGAACACUGUGCGCAUGGAGGCUUGCACCGCCCAGGCCAUCAGGGAGCACGCGGACAGCGACAAGGCAGCGAAGACCAUGGCGAUGACGAACGUCUUGGACUUGUUCCCCGAGCACGGGGUCCAGCAGAACCAGCUGCACCGCGCGAUGCAGCAGGAGAUCGUCGAGUACAUGAGGGGCUGA